AUGCUCGACGUAAACGACUUCAUCACCGAGCGCGGGGGCAAUCCCGAACUCAUUCGCGAAUCGCAACGCCGCCGUUUUGCCAAUGUCGAGAUUGUCGACGAGGUGAUUGCGCUGUUUGAGGACCAUCGCCGAACCCAAUACAGCGCCAGUCAGAUCAAGGGCAAAAUAAACGACGUCCAGAAGCAGAUCGCGACCAAGAAGAAGGCCAAGGAGAAUGCGGAUGACCUUCUUCAGGAAAAGAUCGCGCUGCAGAAAGAAGAAAAGGCCCUUAGCGAGUCAGCGGCUGAGAAGGAUGUGCUUCUGAAGGCCAAGGUCAAGUCCAUUGGUAACCUUGUUCACAACUCUGUGCCUGUGAGCAAGAACGAGGAUGACAAUGCAGUUCAGCGAACCUGGGCCCCCGAGGGCGUUACCGUCGAGAAGCGACCGGUCCUGUCGCAUCACGAGGUCCUUCUCCGACUCGAUGGAUAUGAUGCUGAUCGAGGUGUCAAGGUCGUUGGUCACCGUGGAUAUUUCUUGCGCCAAUGGGGCGUGUUUCUCAACCAGGCCCUGGUAAACUACGGUCUUGAGUUCCUCACUCAGCGGGGAUACUGCCCUCUCCAAGCCCCUCAGUUCAUGCUCAGGGAUUACAUGGCCAAAACAGCACAGCUGGAUGACUUUGAUGAGCAGCUGUACAAGGUUGUGGAUGGAGAUUCAAAGAAUGACAAGUAUCUCAUUGCUACGUCCGAGCAACCUAUUUCCGCAUUCCACGCCGACGAGUGGCUGCAGCCCAAAGAGCUCCCUAUCAAGUAUGCUGGUUAUAGCACGUGCUACCGACGAGAAGCCGGAUCUCAUGGCCGAGAUGCUUGGGGUAUCUACCGUGUUCACCAGUUUGAAAAGAUUGAACAAUUUCUGCUUACUGACCCAGAGAAAUCUUGGGAGGCAUUUGAGGACAUGAUUGCUGUGUCAGAAGAAUUCUACAAAUCUCUGGAACUGCCAUACCAAGUGGUCGCCAUCGUUUCUGGUGCCCUCAACGAUGCUGCUUCCAAGAAACUGGAUCUGGAGGCCUGGUUCCCCUUCCAGGGAGAAUACAAGGAACUCGUAUCAUGCUCCAACUGCACCGACUACCAGUCUCGUGCUCUUGAAAUUCGCUGUGGCACAAAGACGCAGACAGAUAUCAAGAAGAAGUAUGUCCACUGCCUCAAUUCCACAUUGUGCGCAACGACGCGAACUCUGUGCUGCAUUCUUGAAAACUACCAAACAGAAGAUGGUUUACGUGUGCCGGAGGUCCUCCGAAAGUAUCUGCCUGGAGCUCCAGAGUUCAUCCCCUUCUCAAAAGAGCUGCCGAAAGAGACCUCGUCACAGAAGGCACUUCCUCAGCGAAAAAAAUAG